CUGCGCUUGCGCUGACAGACGCAAGAUGGCGGACAGUGCGGAACUAAAGCAAAUGGUUAUGAGCCUUAGAGUUUCUGAACUCCAAGUACUGUUGGGCUACGCUGGGAGGAACAAGCACGGACGCAAACACGAACUUCUUACAAAAGCCCUGCAUUUGUUAAAGGCUGGCUGUAGUCCUGCUGUACAAAUGAAAAUUAAAGAACUCUACAGGCGGCGGUUCCCUCAGAAAAUUAUGACGCCUGCGGACUUGUCUAUCCCCAACGUACAUUCAAGUCCUAUGCCAGCGACUCUGUCACCAUCUACCAUUCCACAACUCACCUAUGAUGGUCACCCUGCAUCAUCCCCACUACUCCCUGUUUCUCUUCUGGGACCUAAACAUGAACUGGAACUCCCACAUCUCACAUCAGCACUGCACCCAGUCCAUCCGGAUAUAAAGCUGCAAAAGCUACCAUUCUAUGACCUGCUGGACGAGCUGAUCAAACCCACCAGUUUAGCAUCAGACAACAGCCAGCGCUUUCGGGAAACCUGUUUUGCAUUUGCCUUGACUCCACAACAGGUGCAGCAGAUCAGCAGCUCCAUGGAUAUUUCUGGGACCAAAUGUGACUUCACAGUACAGGUCCAAUUAAGGUUUUGUUUGUCAGAAACCAGUUGUCCACAAGAAGAUCACUUCCCACCCAACCUUUGUGUGAAAGUGAAUACAAAACCUUGCAGCCUUCCAGGUUACCUUCCACCUACUAAAAAUGGUGUGGAACCAAAGCGACCUAGCAGACCAAUUAAUAUCACCUCACUUGUCCGAUUGUCCACGACAGUACCAAAUACCAUUGUUGUUUCUUGGACAGCAGAAAUUGGAAGGACCUAUUCCAUGGCAGUAUAUCUUGUAAAACAGUUGUCCUCAACAGUUCUUCUUCAGAGGUUACGAGCAAAGGGAAUAAGGAAUCCGGAUCAUUCUAGAGCUUUAAUUAAAGAGAAAUUAACUGCAGAUCCAGACAGUGAAAUAGCUACCACCAGCCUACGAGUUUCGCUUCUGUGUCCACUUGGGAAAAUGCGGCUGACAAUUCCAUGUCGGGCACUUACCUGUUCCCACCUUCAGUGUUUUGAUGCAACUCUUUAUAUUCAAAUGAAUGAAAAAAAACCAACAUGGGUUUGUCCUGUCUGUGAUAAGAAGGCUCCAUAUGAACACCUUAUUAUUGAUGGGUUGUUUAUGGAAAUCCUAAAAUACUGUACUGACUGUGACGAAAUACAGUUUAAGGAGGACGGCUCAUGGGCUCCCAUGAGGUCGAAAAAGGAAGUGCAGGAAGUUACUGCCUCCUACAACGGAGUUGACGGAUGCUUGAGCUCCACAUUGGAGCAUCAGGUGACUUCUCACAACCAGUCUUCAAAUAAAAACAAGAAAGUCGAGGUGAUUGACCUAACCAUAGACAGUUCAUCAGAUGAAGAAGAGGAAGAACCCUCUGCCAAGAGGACCUGUCCUUCCCUGUCUCCUACAUCACCACUAAAUAAUAAAGGAAUUUUAAGUCUUCCUCAUCAAGCUUCGCCUGUGUCCCGUACCCCCAGCCUUCCUGCUGUAGAUACAAGCUACAUCAACACUUCCCUCAUCCAGGACUACAGGCACCCUUUCCACAUGACACCCAUGCCUUACGACUUACAAGGAUUAGAUUUCUUUCCUUUCUUAUCAGGAGACAAUCAGCAUUACAACACCUCCCUGCUUGCCGCCGCAGCAGCAGCGGUCUCAGAUGACCAGGACCUCCUGCACUCCUCCCGCUUUUUCCCGUAUACCUCCUCGCAGAUGUUUCUCGAUCAGCUAAGUGCUGGAGGAAGCACUUCUUUGCCAGCCACCAACGGAAGCAGUAGUGGCAGCAACAGCAGCCUUGUGUCUUCCAACAGUCUGAGGGAGAGCCAUGGCCAUGGCAUGGCCAGCAGGAGCAGUGCGGACACGGCGUCCAUCUUUGGCAUCAUACCAGACAUUAUCUCGUUGGACUGACGCCCUCGUCCUGCUGCUCCCACCCUGUCCCAGAUUAAAUGACUUGGCAGAAGAGAACUAACUCUGUGCUCUGUUUUACCUUAUCUUGUUUAGAAAAGUACACAAGCGUGGUUUUUUUUUUUCCUUUUUUUAGGGAAAAAAAAUUAAAAGAAAUGUACAGAGAACAAAACUAUAUUUUCAGUUUUACUUUUGUAUAUAAAUCUAAGACUGCCUGUCUGAUAAAACACUUGUUUAAAAAAAAAAAAAAGGAAGGAAAGAAAAGAAAAAGCAAGCACCCACAAACCUCCUUCGGUUCAUUUUUUUCUGGAUUCUGAAGACUUUUCACCAUUUGUCCUCUGGUUUGGGUUUUAUUUUACUUCAAUGGCAUUAUCUUACUUGCAAUAACAGAAACAGAAUUGCAUGUAUGAAGUUUUAAAUCAUGGGCUUUGUUGUGGGGAGGGGGUUGGGAUAGUUUUGAUUUCCAUUGUUUUAAAGCAACAGACUUGGAGUCUGUUUAUGUAUGCGUGGAUUUUACCAGCCUUAAGUUAUAAUCUCACCUGUCCCACUGCACUCCCUUUGUUUGCAGGACAUAGCUCGUGGGUGUGUGUGUUUUCAGUGUGUGCCUGAGUGUACUGUUCUGUCAUCACUGUCCCCUCUCCUGUUGGCAUUUAGUUAAUAUCAGUUGCCUGCUUUUUUCAAAAUGCUUCAGAGGUCUUGAACUUUAACAUAAGCAUCUUUCUCAGCUCUCCCAGUGCGUGUUCGCCAUCACAGGUUCUCUGUGAUCUGCCGUGUACCCCCUAAGAGUGUGUUUCCUAGAAGUGUUGGAGCAAAAGCUACCUGGAGAGGCAUCUGAGGGCAGGCCUGUGAAGACGACACGCUUGUGUGGAUUCUGAAUCUGAAUUGCCAGUAUUUUGUAUGUAAGCCAAGUCUGUGAGUACCUGCAUUUUGGUCACAGGGUAACAAGUUUUCCUUAAGAAUAUUCAUACCAAAGUGGGAUGUGAAAGAGCCCUGCAGCCCCGUGGGGUACGGGUAUCAUGUGCAACUGGCAGAGGACACUGUACCACCUCAAAAAAGAAAGAAGUCAGUUACCCUAAAGUUGACAGUACAGUGCAGCCCACAUGUGGAUCUGUAGCAAAUCUGUUUGAUAAACAGUUGAAACUCAACAAUAACCUUAGUUAUUUUGUUUCUCUGGUUCUAAAUAUACUUCUUUUCUUAGCCUUGUUUGUUUUUACUCAGCUUUUAAUGACAAGUAUGACAUAGGAAGCCAUUUUUUUAAUUCAAGAAUCAGUCAGUCGUAUCUACUUGGUCUUACCUACUCUCAAUAGCAGAAUAUGUAAAUAUAUUAAAAUUCUCUUCAGGAGAUGAUUAAGGGUCAAAGGAAGGAAAAAGUGCUUCUCAUACUUGAGAGUCAUCAGAGAAGAUGCAGUGCUCUUACAGUGGGAGCUAGAUGGUGGUUGGUGGAGGGCACGGGUUUAUCGGCAGAGAGGAAGGGGCACACCAUCCAGUUCCCAGACUAGCUUUUUAUGUUACAACUUCGUGUUCUCAGAGUUGAAGGACCUCCUUUGUGUAUAGUAAACUUGUUUUCAAACCUUGCAUCAGUAACGAAGGACCUAUAUUAAUGCAGGUAGAAGUCAAGAUUGCUGUAUCUUCAGUUGUAUGAUAAAGUGAAUGGUUCACAUGACAGUGUGGCAUCUAAAAAUGAUAUGUUUUAUAGCGUCUCUGCUACUAAACUGUCAACUUGAAUUUUGAAAAAGUUGGUGUUGAUAUGUAUAUGUGUGUGUGUGUAUAUAUGUAUUUAUAAACAAGUGUGUGUGAGUAACAUCGUCUUCCCCUGCGCAUGUGUGUUCCACACAGAAACGGCUGUGUUAGAGUCACAAAACAAUCCGCAAUAAAACAAGGCAUUUGUUGUCAGUUCAAACCAGAAAUGGUUAUGUUGUUAAAUUUAUCGGGUGUGGUGAGUACACGUUUGAUUUCUUUUUUUUUUUUCAGUGCUAUAUUAAUUUAGGCUCAUUUCAGAUAAGGGCUUAAUUUGUGUCUAAGUUGAGAUUAGAGUAGGAAUCAAUAAAAUUGUGGCUAUUUCUGUUAGCAUUGCAAUAGGAAACAUUUUUGUUACUUCAACUAUCUGAGAUGAAAUGAAUAGUUUUCCUUGUUCUUGGAUUUUUUUUUUAAACUUGUUAGUGGUUUUAGUAUUCUGAUCAGCAGUUUUUGUGUCUGAUGCUGAAUUACAAACUUAGAACCAUCCAGUUGAAAAACCAGCCCUCUGCAUUCUUCAGCCCAGUUGUAGAGGAACAGUCACUUUCCUUCCAUGUCCUGCAUUGAUUGUAUCAACGUAAGAGGAGAGUGGGUAACAGUGAGAAAUAUAUGUCCAUGGCUUUGGUCAUGUUAGUUCGUUCCACGUCAAAAAGAGUUUAUUUCUUCAUUUGUUGACUUCCUAAAACAUUACACAUGGUUAAGUUCAGUCACGGACUUUCGCAGUCUUUAGUAAUUAUUAGUCAUGCACUGCUUUGUCUCCUACAUUUACAAGAAAACCACAUGGUCACUCCAUCUCUUUCUGUUGCUUUUCCUUAGCCCCACACUCAUUCCACAGCGCUGCCAACCUUGAUAGGCUGUGGACAAAUACUGUUCUCAGUAUCUUUCAGCAAGUUGCUAGGAAUCCCCUUCCUUGGUCUUUCUUACUAGCAUGUUCAUAUGUACUCUGUAUAGUACUGUGUAUGCCCUAUCUAUCUGUAAGCACACUUCUUCAGAAAAGUAGCUGUUCACCUAGCAGGGUAGGGGUGGCUUUUAAUUUACUAUGUAAGUAUUACUGAACACAUUUUUUUAAAUAUAAAACUUAACCAUGCAUCAUACUUGGUUGACCAAAGUUUUUCCAUUGCUAAUUUAGGUAUUAUACAUCUACUUUACUGACUUAAAGAAUCACCUAAGUUUUGAAAAGUGUGGGAAGUGUUUUGGCCAAUUUUUCUUUGAGGACAAGUGUAUGAAACUGAGUGAAAAUAUAUCCCAAGUAAAUGGAUACAUGUAGAAAUAACCUAGUUUUUUAAAGCAAUUUGAAUUUUAAGUACAUAAAACUUUCAGGAGCUUCAGGACUCUUAAAAGCACAUUUGAAUUUAUUUUGGUAAGAACUUUGCUUUAUGGAUACACAUUGCAUUGUUUGUUUUGGUUUUGUUUUUAAUUAAACACAAAGCGUAGAUUUCAAAGAGGGAGGGAGAAUAUCUGAUGGUCCCAGAGUGUGCUGCUGUUGUUUUAUUAACAAAGGGGAAAUGUAUAUAAAUAGAUAAAAGUUACCAUAAAUUCCAUGAACUUAAAUCUGUGAUUCAUUGCCUUAAAACUUUCUCUCUUAGAAUUUCCAUACCGCAUGCCAAACCAGUAAAAUGGCUUUUAAAAAUGUAUAGUAGACCAAUGUCAGUUUGUAUAAAAGUACCAAGUGAAAAUAUUUAUUACAUGCAUUGGAGAAAAGUUGUUUCCCUAUUGAAUGUUACCUGUUUAUGUAGAGCUCUUUAGAUGUAAUAAAAGAAAAGGCUUCAGUUAA